CAAAUGUAACCUAAAAAUUUAAUAUGUAUGAAGUAGAACGAAUAGUUUCUCCCGAAGUAUGUAAAAAACUAAUUGAAUAUAAUAUAGAUACAACUUUAAAAUUCUUAAUAACCGACAUUCAAAAAUUAAUAGAGAUCACAGAUUUAUCUUGUGAAGAGUUACUAGAAAUUCGAAUUAAGAUUUCCAAAAAUGUACACAAUCCGAACAAAAUAAUCAGAGCUGUUGAUAUUGUACCUUGGAGACGGUUAAGCACGGGUUGUACCGCUAUAAACUCUCUAAUUAGAGGCGGAAUCCCCGUGAAUGGUAUUAUAGAAAUAUUCGGUUGUAGUGGCGUCGGGAAGACUCAGUUUUGCCUCCAACUAGCUCUUCAAGCUCAAUUACCUUUACAUAAAAACGGAUUAGAAAAAGGGGCGGUUUAUAUUUGCACAGAAGAUGUUUUCCCUUCGAAAAGGUUUCAUCACCUCGCAAAUAUUUUCAAAGCUAAGCACAAUUUAACAGAAAACGAUUUUGAAAGUUCGGUUUUCCUGAAACACGUCACAGAUAUUCAACAAUUACAAAAUUGUUUAUCAACCGAGCUACCUAUUUUGUUCAGGAAGGAAAAUAUCGGUUUAGUUGUUGUUGAUUCUAUAGCAGGACCGUUUCGUGGGGAAAACGAAAAUGAAGUGCUGGCCAGAAGUAGAGAGAUAAUUGAUUUAGUUACUAAAUUGAAAAUAAUCAAUGAAGAAUUUAAGGCGGCUGUUGUUUGCACCAAUCAAGUGACUGAAGAUAUUAUUAAAAAUAAAACGGAACCUUGUCUUGGUCUUGUCUGGACUAACAGCAUCAAUUAUAGAUGUCAAAUAACAAGAAAUAACAACAGCACGUUAAGGGAAUUCCAAGUGGUUUUUUCACCGGACGUACCAACUGGAAGGUGCAGCUUUUCCAUCACCGAAGAAGGUUUACAAAACGAAGAUUGUAUGGAAUAUUAAUAAAACAUAUUUUAAUUAU